ACCCUGGAUAGCGAAUGUGUUGGCGAACCCUUGGUUCCUUCAUGUGGUGACUGCGAUGAUGUUCCUGAGCUUAGGUUAUGGAUGUGCAUGGAUAGGACGAGAAUUGGAUUUGAGACACAUCUGGGGAUGGAAAGGAUUGGUAGCGGAAAGGUUGAAGUACGGGAAGAAUAAGGAGGAGAUGGUUCUUGUCCUUGGAUUGGAUUGGAUGGAUUUUGUUUGGGGGUUUGUGAUGAUGGCAGUGAUAGGAUUGAUGGGCAUGGUGGUGGGGGGAUGUAUUUGGUUGUGCGAUGAUACACCGUACGAUGAAAGGAGAAGAAGAAGAAAUGGAGGGGGAAGAAGGGGUGGUGGAGGAGGCGGAUACGGAAGCGCAGGAAAUGGAAAUUCAGGAGGAAGAUUUGUGGACUGUUGUAAUGUUUCCAUGGAUUGUUGUAGUGGGGUACGAUGUAGAUCAUGUUGUGACGAUUGUGAUGAGGGGAUCCUAAUAGUCAUUGCUAUUCUUAUCCCCGCCUUGAUUAUUGCAGGUACAUUCGGUGCAAUCGCCGCCAUCUACAUAGUCAUGGCAAGAUUUAAUACUCGAGCACUGGACUCC